CGUCUUGGACGCGAACGAUCCGGGAGCAUUGUUGGCACAGUUUAGUGCUUCGAACCAAACGGAAAUGGAUGCUAAAGCUGCCUACGCAACACUUGUCGCUGCAAAAACAUUCAAAGAAAGCACCAACGUCGAGUAUGUUGCGAUCGGUCGACAAGCGCCGCCGAAAAUUUCGCUCAAGAAAACUCCGCUAGAAAAGUUGUGUCCAUCGCGGGAAGCACCACGAUGUGUGCCGGCUAGUCUGCGCUACAGAACGCACGAUGGAACGUGCAAUAACGGUCGGAGGCCGCGCUGGGGAUCGGCUCAGAUGCCGUUCCAUCGGUUUCUGGCUCCCGAGUAUCAGGACGGCGUCGAGGGAAUACGUCGAUCUGUAACCGGUGCCACGCUUCCCUCGGCCAGAUUCGUCAGUCUUGUGGUCCAUGGUUCCCGCAACGAGGAAGCACCCGUAACGAUGAUGUUAGCCCUCUGGGGACAGCUAAUUGACCACGACAUCACCGCCACAGCCCAGCCACGGAGUAUCAACGGGUCCACUCCGCGUUGCUGCAACGGGGGCGAAGAAAGUACCCAUCCGUCCUGUUUGCCGAUCAAAGUCCCGCAUGAUGAUCCCUGGCUAUCGCAUCUGGGCGUACGCUGCCUGGAGUUUCUUCGCUCAGCCCCAGCCCAACGGCGCGACUGUCUUCUUUCGUGGCGAGAGCAAACGAAUCAGGCCACCUCCUUCCUAGAUGCGUCACCAAUCUACUCGAGCAAUCCACGGUCAUCGGACAAUGCACGGAUCUUUCGUAAUGGCAUGCUACUGUUUGGACGAGGUCCACCCCACGAAGACGUUUGCUUUCGGGCGGCUCUGGCGAAUCAGUGCAUACGACCCGGGGACAGCCGCAGCGGUGAGCAACCGGGGCUGCUUAUGAUGCACAUGAUAUGGGUGAACGAACACAACCAGAUCGCAACGCGUCUGUCCGACAUUAACCCACACUGGAGCGAUGAGAAAGUGUACCAGGAGACGCGUCGCAUCGUUGGGGCGCUGUUCCAGCAUAUCACCUACCGAGAGUUUCUCCCGUUGGUAUUGGGCAAGGAGGUAUGUCGGCUGUUCGACCUGGAACUGGAAACGAGUGGAUACUACCGCAACUAUGAUGCUAACGUGAACCCAACCAUAGCCAACGAGUUUUCGGCCGCUGCAUUCCGAUUUGGGCAUUCGCUUAUCCAAAGCACGUACAUGCGUGCGGACAGACAUCACCGUUUCAUCGCAAACAAUGUCAGUUUGCACGAGGACACGUCCGAAGGUGAUUUUGGAGGUCCGGGUUCGCUGCACCGAUUGCUGCGUGGGAUGGUUAACCAGAGGGCAUUGAAACGCGACGAGUUUAUCACGGCUGAGCUGACUAACCAUCUGUUCCAGACCAAAAGUUUUCCGUUCGGGCUCGAUUUGGCCGCGAUCAACAUCCAGCGGGGUCGUGACCAUGGACUUCCGGCGUACGUCAACUGGCGUGGUCCGUGCGGUCUGUCAAAUAUCAAGGAUUGGAAUGAUUUGGAACGUGUCAUGGGUCCGGCCUCAACAAACCGUUUAAGAAAGGCCUAUCGUACCGUUGAUGACAUUGAUUUGUUUGUCGGCGGUUUAGCAGAACGGCCGGUGGUGGGUGGUAUCGUAGGACCAACGUUCUCGUGCAUCAUUGCUCAGCAGUUUAGCAAUUUGCGAAAAGGCGAUCGGUUUUGGUACGAAAAUCCGGGUUUCGAGUCAUCGUUUACACCGGCCCAGCUCGAAUCUAUACGACAGGUAGCGUUUUCUCAGGUCCUGUGCCGCGCGCUGGGUGGUGGCGGCACACUGCAGCCGUUCGUGUUUCUUCCAUCAGACUUUGGCCAGAAUGAAAGACUUCCGUGCGAAUCGAGACUGAUGGCACCGAUCGACCUUACGCCAUGGAAAGAACAUGACCCUUUCAAUAACGAUACCGCAAACGAAGACGAGGACGAAGACGAAGAUGACGAAGAGGACGAGGACGAAGAGACACCACCAGUCAACGGAACCGUACCUACAGCCGACCAAGCGAUAGCACAAUCCUCGACCUUUUCCUCCACAACGAGCACUACGCGACGUCCUUCUUUGGUACUACAGACCUCAAGUAACGUCAUCAACAAAGUGGACCUCAUAACAAACGGCAACACUGGUGUGCAACCGAACCGACAAAGACCUCAGUCGUCGACACUGACAGUGGGACCAACGGUUAUUAUAAGCAACAAAGUAGACCUGACACCGACAUCAAAUAGACCACCUUCUUCUUCUAAUGGACAGUCUUCCACUCCGACUGUAAUAGAUCACAAAUUGGACCUUAAGGUGACUACAAAACCUACUCAGAAACGCAAACCUACCCGAAAAACGACUACCAAGAAACGACCAACAUCGUCAGCCACCAGACCGUUAGUGACCAGCAAUCUGGACUUUUCCUCCUCACGCAAUACGAACGGGACAGCAACUUCCGACGAAGUUCCUACCGACAGACAUGAACUUGUACGAACAAGACGAGCAUUGAACAAAGUGAGGGAUAAGGACGCACGUUACGGAUACUAUCAAACAUCUUCGCCACCGCCUGAUUACAAUGACUACGACGAGGAUUAUAGUACGGACUACGAACCACCACCACCGUACCUUGCCUAUGGCUAUCAACGACCAACUACUACGACGACAACUACAACACAACGACCGCCGUACGGAUACUAUUCACCAUACGGAGGAGGCUAUUACACAGCUCCACCAACACCUCCUCCUCCUCCACCUAACCCUUACUUCGACACCCGCAAACCGUUACGAACGACGACACCACGACGUAGACUCUCGGACAAGCUUACGAUUAACGCCGACCUACCACAGCACGCACCGCAACGACCACGAACAUCGACGUUUAGACCUCCGACCGACAAUAACUUUCACAAGACACCAUCCAAUAAACCAUUCAAACAACCCUUACUCGCACAAACUUCCGUCUUUUCUGUGGACUUUAAAAACCUUCCCACUGGUAGCCGUAGCCUAACCACUGAUGGUAGUAGAACCUUACACCAUUCUAUCUCUUCGAAUGCUACUAGUAACACUACUUUCGCCUCUAACGGCUCCUCUUUCGAGCAGCUAGCUACACGCUCUGGUUUUCCUGCUUCCGGGGAUCUUCCCAUGAAACUUUCCGAAUCUUUCUCUGUCUAUGACUAUGGCAAUGACUAUGACGACACAGUACCAAACCCUAGCCGGCAAACGACAGUCAACGGCGACACUAACGAGGGCGACCGAAUACUGGUGCUACCACUUGACGAACACGACGGCUACCUGCGACCGGAACAAACACAUUACGAACCACUUGUACGAGAAUCCGUCAUCAGUACGGGUCAGACUUACCGAGACUACUGGACACAGGACGCAACCAAAAAAAGAACUUAUACUACUGACUAUCUAACUGAAGGAGCCUUUAGACCUCUGUACAACAACCUAACGCAAGACUACAGGUAUGCACCCGGACAUGACAAGGAAGCAUUGUUGGACGACUUCUCAGACAAGUUCGUGGGACUACUACGGAACGGUGAAACACGUGACGCUUUGGCCUCAAACGAAGACACUGGACUGCCGAAUAGCUUACGGAACCAUAAACGACCUAGAAUGAUUAACUCUGACCGGAAGCAUAAAGACAUUCGCAACAGAAUGGAGCAACGCUCCAUUCGAGACGAUAUUAAGAAAGACGGAACAUCAACGACAAAACUCAAAAACAAACGACCGACCAACAACCGACUGAAGACACCGGCUAAGAAACCGAGUGCCAUUUCUUUGGUACCGUUUGUACUUUUGACCAGCAUAGACAGACCAGACAAUUGGGUAAUGUACCAUUCUAAACCAUCGAAACAGAGAAAACCACCGGCAACCGUACCACUCCUCAAGAAUGAUGCAUUUUCGCUCAGCGAGUUCCCGAAACCGAUUGCCGAUCAGGAUUGA